AUGAGCUUGGUGGACGAAACCAUAGAACUUCUCAAGUCUUGUUCACACGUUCCCGAAUCGGUUGUGAAACAGCUAUGUUACAAAGCACAGGAAUUACUGAUUGAAGAAGGCAACGUUCAGCUGGUCCAUACUCCCGUGACGAUAUGUGGUGAUAUUCAUGGACAAUUUCAUGACCUGCUGACCCUGUUCUCUAUUGGCGGUGAGUGCCCUACGACAAGCUAUCUGUUUCUAGGAGAUUUUGUUGAUAGAGGGUUCUACUCACUGGAGUCAUUUUUGCUAUUGCUGUGUCUGAAAGUACGAUAUCCCGACAGUAUAACACUUAUAAGAGGAAACCAUGAGUCUAGACAAAUCACAUCUGCUUAUGGAUUUUAUGAUGAAUGUUUGAGAAAAUAUGGCUCGGCUUCAGUGUGGCGGCUCUGCUGUAACGUGUUCGAUUACCUGUCGUUAAGUGCUCUUGUUGGUGGACCCGGAGGAGUGUUUUGUGUUCAUGGAGGCCUUUCUCCAGCUAUUCAGAAUCUAAAUGAGAUUCGUCAUAUCGAUCGUAAGCAAGAGGUGCCUCAUGAUGGGCCCAUGUGCGAUCUUCUAUGGUCUGAUCCCGACGAUUCACUGGACAUGACUAAUGAAAAUAAGGAUGAUAUUUACGAUAACGAACUUAAUGAAAAUGGCAAUGGACAUGAUGCUGAUGAAGAGGAUGCUGGUACUAAUACAAAUUACAGAGUGAAUCAUGCAGGGAGUGGAAAUGGCACUGGUAGCAGUGGCGAGAGUAGUGAAGGGAUGAGGAGCGAUAGUAACAGUAACGAUGAAGAUAUUUAUUCUCCAGUGUCAAGUCCCGAUAUUGGACUCAAUGGUCUAUAUGACUUAUCGAAAUCUGGUGGAAACAGAUCAACUCUUCAGUCUAUGGCCGCUUCAUGGGGUGUGUCACCAAGAGGAGCAGGUUAUUUAUUUGGAUCCCUGCCUGUACAUCAGUUCAACCAUAUAAACAACACAUCACUAAUAGCGAGAGCACAUCAACUGGUACUAGAGGGAUACAAGGAAAUGUUCGAUAACCAGCUAGUCACAGUCUGGUCGGCGCCAAAUUAUUGUUACCGGUGUGGAAAUGUCGCAGCUAUUCUCAACAUUGAUGAUAACUACGAACGACGAUACUCUAUUUUCCAUGCUCAGGAGGCCGAUCAAGGCACAGGCCAAGUAGUCCCGACCAAACGACCAGUUGCGGAAUAUUUCCUAUGA